AUGAGUGGAGACAACGUAGAUCCAUAUAUGAUUAAAGGCCAGAUGUUUGACAUUGGAUCUCGCUUUUCGGAACUAAGCUACAUUGGCGAAGGCGCAUACGGAUUGGUUAUUUCCGCUUUUGACCAUCGACGAAAUGAGAGGGUUGCCAUAAAACGGAUUACUCCUUUCGAGCACCAAACAUAUUGCCAACGAACCUACAGGGAAAUACGAAUCCUCAGUCGUCUUGAUCACGAGAAUAUUAUUCCUUUAUAUGAUGUUUUCAUUACAUCAACAUUCGACGAGAUGAAAGAAGUUUAUAUUGUUGAAAAAUACAUGGAAACCGAUCUUUAUAAAUUACUAAAAGUGCAGCAACUAAGCCGCGAGCAUACCUGUUAUUUCCUUUACCAAAUGCUACGUGGUUUAAAAUAUAUACAUUCCGCAAAUGUUUUGCACCGGGAUCUUAAACCCAGCAACAUUCUCCUGAACCGUAUGUGCGAUCUUAGAAUAUGUGACUUUGGGUUGGCUAGAAUAGCUGAUCCCCAAUGUAAUCAGGCGGGUCUUUUAACAGAAUAUGUCGCGACAAGGUGGUACCGAGCUCCAGAGAUUAUGCUCACCUCCAAGGUCUACAACAAAGCGAUCGAUCUAUGGUCCAUUGGUUGUAUUCUUGCCGAGAUGUUCAGCAAUCGAGUCCUGUUCCCCGGAAAGCAUUGUAUCCUUCUUUCCUCAUUUUCCAUUUUAGCUUGUUUGCUUGCCUAUUUGACAGCCACUAGCAAAUAUCGACCAACUGAAAAUGAUUCUAGAAGUCCUGGGCUCACCGCACCAAGAUGA